UCAGGUGGGGCCGCGAGGGCUCGCACGGCGUUUGCGCGUUCACGAGAGUGCGCACGAGCUGCUGUGUUGACGGACACGACAGUGUGCAGGAGAGGCAACAUGUCUGCCACAGCCGCUGUGCAGCAGAACAACAAUGAAGAGCCAGGCCUGAACGGGUCCUGGGUGGAGUUGGAAUUGAAUGGGAACAUGGCGUCUGGGAGGCAGCAGCUGAUCCCAACCCUGGCUGCCUCUGUGGCCAAUAGGAACCAGGGUGAGACUGAGCCUCCACAACCCCUGCAGGCUGUGCAGGAAGUAGAGGAGGAGAACCUGGCCGGAGGACUUGAGCAUGUCCCCUCAUCCUCCUCAAUCCAUAAUGGAGACAUGGAAAAGAUCCUGCUGGAUGCCCAGCAUGAAUCCAGCCCCAGUGGGUCCUCCUGUAAUAGUCCUCCAAGACCCCACAGUCCUGAGCAUGACGAAGGCCUGAUUACCUUCGACGUAGAGAUGCCAAGUGAGAAAGAUUGUCAGUCAGAGGAUGACAGUCUGGAGAAGGACAAAGAUGACGACAUCCUCAUGGUUAAAGGGGAGAGCUGGGUGGCAGACUGGUCCAGUCGACCUGAAAAUAUUCCUCCCAAGGAGUUCCAGUUUCGGCACCCCAAACGCUCAGGUCCGGUUUCUCUGAGUAUGAGAAAGACAGGUGCUAUGAAGAAAGGUGGAGUGUUCUCAGCCGAAUUUCUCAAAGUGUUCAUUCCCUCUCUUCUGCUCUCUCACAUCCUCGCCCUGGGAUUGGGGGUCUAUAUUGGGAAGAGGCUGAGCACACCCUCCACCAGCUCAUUUUAAACCCAAACAAAUACCAGUGCCUGAAAUUUCCAUAAGACACAGUGGUGGCAAAGUUGUGUCCAAAUAUCUCUAACUUUGAUUGUAUGUUAGACGUUCUCUGUCCUACUCAUUUUCCCAUGUUCUUAGCUGUCAUGCUGAAAUUCAUCAUGACCUAUUACCAGAAAAUGCUGGGCAGUUUAUUUGCUGCCUUCAUUUCGAGUUAAUAUUUUGCUUGCCCUCUAACACUGUGUUGAAUGGAUUGGUUUUAGGUGUUUCAUCUCCCUUUCAUAUUUUAAGUUGUUAUUAAUUAAAAACAAAGCUUUUGCCCUUUUAUGCUGUUACGAAGGCAAACAGAAGUUACAUUUGUGAUGCCCCAAACUCGUACAACUACUACAACCACCAGCACAUUACCAAGCUAUCACUUCUUACUGUGUUAGGUAUCUAUGAUACAGGUGCAAUAGUGUUGUUAUGGUUAGCUUUAUAAAAAAUGAUAGUAAAUGGCUGAUGUGCAUUUGAAAGUAGAAUAUUUAGUUUUCUGCUCCCCUGUAGCUUCCAGUUACACAUUUAGACAGAGAGAUUCUGUUUUGUGAAGCCAACCAAUUAACUUGUGCCAUCUUUGAAAUCCACUUCCAGCAUUUUGUAUUAUUCCAGUUCUAGUAUUGUGGUCUUAAAUAAUUUUUUUUUAUUUAAUCAUCCAAACAAUGCUGUUUCUUGAAGGAAAGAUGAAAAGACACUUGUAUUUGUUACCAUUGUGAUUUCCCACGACACCUCUAAGGUACCUUAAAGAUUGAAAUAUGGCAGAAAGGUUUUAAACAGACUGUUAAUAGCACACACUUGAACAUUUUGGUUUCACAGAAAGCUAUCUGCCUUAUAUAGCCUUGUGGUUUUUUUAGUUGGUUAUCAGGAAGUGACCCUUGUUUGGUAGGGACCACUCCCUUAUUUUCUAAUCUAAAACCAUUUUUUAAAAUCUGCUUUUGGUAGAUGGUUUUGGAAUAAUAGAUAAACAAGGAGAGACCCCGAGGAUGUGGGAGUACACACUGGAAGAAAAAUGUAUUUCCUCUUAUUAUAUACAACUUUCCAUUAUGGUAGAGAAGUUAUCCUUCCAGACCUCACAAAAAUAGGCAGUGAAUACAGUUAGCCUGUUUCAGAUAUAAACAGAGGUCUCAGGUAAAGGUCUGAUGGACUAAAUAUGGUAGCACUCAGUGGAACAUGUGCAUGCUUCUUAAUUUGAAGAGAGGUGACACUGCAGUGAUUAUUACAUGCACACUCAUUUGCCAUGAUGCAUAUCAUUCUGUUCUGGACCAGGCUUAAAGAAACAACAUACUAUGCUUCUGAGUGCCAAAGGGUCUCCACUGUGAUGUUUACAUCUGUAAGACCCAACACUGACUCAUUCUAUAGUAAAUCUAGAUCUAAAAGUAGAUGUAGCUCUAUCUAAAGUCUUGUAAAGUCUCAUUUUGGCAUUACAAAAUGCCACGCCAGACAUUUUAUUGUAACUGCGUUCAUGUAAUUUAGAUUUGUGCAGUGUGAAACAUUUCUGUUGUCAUCUGUCGUGUAAUAAUGUGAAGUAGGAACAUCUUUUUUUCCUUUCUCUUAUUUCAGUGUUCAAAGGUACAGUCUGUGAUAUUUUCCCCCUUUAGUUACCGUAGUGUCAGUGGAAUGAUCUGCUUGAUGGUUCUUAAAACUUUAACAUAACCAAGGUUUAUUGAGAAGAUGCUUGAAACUUUAUUGACUCUCAUCACAUAAAAUUUGGCCAGACAUUUUCCCCUUAGCCUGAGCUUAUCAAACAUUGAACAGUUUGUGAUUAGAGUGUGGUACUCUGGGGAGCAGGUAAUACAAUAGGUAGCUGUUUGUUUUUAUAUAAUGCAUAAAGGUUUAGUGUGAACCUAUUAUGUCCCAUAUUGCAUGAAUACUUUUUUUAUUUAGCAUUUGCUUUGGAAGAUGAGCUAUUUCAUGAGUGGGACAAAGAACUGUGAAUGAAAAAGUAGCAUGUUACAGCAAGAUAAACUAAGCCCACCCUGUCUGUAAAGGAUGGAUUUUCUAUAAUGUACAUUUUACUCACAUUCUUUUGGGUUUUUGUUCGUUUUGAUUGUUUUUCAAUUUUUGUUUGCUUGUUUUUGCUUUGAUCAUGAGAGAAUGACUGAAAUUUGUUGUGUAGGGCAGGGCCCUCAUGGCUAGCCUCUUGUGGCUGUUUUUCUUUUGAGUGUUGGAAGUGAUGAAGCAGAAACAUUUAGUUUGUUUAACGUUCACAUAUUGGAAGUCAAGAAAACUGACAUUAAAAAUCCCAAAUACACCCCAA